GGCUUGCAGCCGUCGGCAAGCCCAAGAGUGCGACUAUCAGAGACCUCGCUGCUACAAGAGUGCGACUAUCAGAGACCUCGCUGCUGCAAGAGUGCGACUAUCAGAGACCUCGCUGCUGCAAGAGUGCGACUAUCAGAGACCUCGCUGUGACGAAUGCGCGCAACCUGCGCAAUGACGCUCCUCGCCGCUGUGCGCGGGCUGACGCCGCCAGCGAGGAGGCACGGCGUGUCGUGCCUCAGCGCGGCGGCCGGCGGCGGUCGCGCCAGCGCGGCGGUCGAGCAAAAGAAGGCACGCCCAGCGAGCACGGAGAAGCUCGACCUCGCGCCGCCGCGCGGCACGCGCGACGUCUACCCCGAGGACAUGCGCGUCCGGAACUGGCUCUUCGGCAAGUGGCGCAGCACGGCGAAGGCGUUCGGCUUUGAGGAGUACGACGCGCCCGUGCUGGAGAACGAGGCGUUGUACGUGCGCAAGGCGGGGGAAGAAGUCACGCAGCAGCUCUACAACUUCGAGGACAAGGGCGGCCGCCGCGUCGCGCUGCGGCCGGAGAUGACGCCCUCGCUGGCGCGGAUGGUCAUGGCCCGGAAGCCGACGCCGCCGCUCAAGUGGUUCUCGAUCCCGCAGUGCUGGCGCUACGAGCGGACCACGAGGGGACGGCGGCGGGAGCACUACCAGUCGAACGCCGCGUAGACAUCACGCGUCGAGGCGCCCCGGCGGCGCGGCGUCCGCUCGACGGCGGGCGAGGGGGGGGGGGACGCUCGCGAAGGACCGAGACGCCGUCGCAGGUGGAACAUGGACAUCUGGGGCGUCGACGGCGCCGCGGCGGAGGCGGAGGCCCUGGCGGCCAUGGUCUCGUUCAUGGAGAGCGUCGGCCUGACCUCGGACGACGUGGGCAUCAAGGUCAACUCGCGCGCCGUGCUGGCGGAGCUCCUGGCGCGGACGUGCGGCGUCGACGCCGCGGCGGACGCGGCGCGCUUCGCGGCGUGCUGCGUGCUGGUCGACAAGCUGGAGAAGGUGCCGCCCGAGGCGCUGCACGGCGACUUCGGCGCGCUCGGCGUGGCGGCGGCCGACGUCGACGCGCUGGCCGCCGUGCUCCGGGACGCGGCCGACGCCGGCGGCUCGCUCGCGGCCCUCGAGGCGCUGAUCGGCGACGGGCCCGCCCUGUCGAACCUGCGGGCGCUCGUCGACCUGGCCGAGGCGGGCGGCUUCGGGGACUGGAUCGUGGUCGACGCGUCGGUCGUCCGAGGGCUCGCGUACUACACGGGCGUCGUGUUCGAGGCCUUCGACCGCCAGGGGGCGCUGCGGGCCAUCGCGGGGGGCGGGCGGUACGACCGGCUCCUCGAGACGUUCGGGGGGGACCCCCUGCCCGCCGUCGGCUUCGGCUUCGGCGACGCCGUGAUCAUGGAGCUGCUCGAGGAAAAAAAGCUCGUCCCGGAGACGUCGGCGGGCGUCGACGUCGUCGCCUUCGCGCUGGCGACGGGCGACGGCGACGAGGACGCCGCGUCCCUCAAGGCGCUCGCGGGCGUCGCGGCGACGCUGCGAUCGUGCGCUGCUGUGUGUGCAGAUCCGACGGCGCGGGGCGCCCGAACUUUGGUUUCCACGCAGGAGCGGCGCCUCGGUCGACGUCGUCCUCGAGCCCAAGAAGCCCAAGUGGGCCUUCAAGCACGCCGACCGGCGCAAUGCCAAGGCCGCAGUCAUGCUCGCGCCCUCCGAGUGGGCCGAGGGCCGGCUCGUCGCGAAGGACCUGAAGACGGGCGACCAGGCCGAUGUCGUAGUGGAGGAGCUAGCGGCGUGGGUGGGGGCAAGGGAGGACUAAAAUAUGCAGUGACCACA